ACCCGAGGGGCCGGGCGGAGCGGGAGGAGGCGCCGGGCAGCGGGUGAGUGCGGCGGGCAGGAGGCGGCCAUGCCGUUCGUGGAGCUGGAGACCAGCCUGCCGGCUGAGCGGCUGCCAAAGGGACUGCCCUUAAAACUGUGCGAAACCACCGCCACCAUCCUGGGCAAACCGGCCGAGCGGGUGAACGUGACGGUGCGCAGCGGGAUGCCCAUGGUGCUGGCGGGCUCGGCCGAGCCCUGCGCACAGCUGCUCGUCUCGUCCAUCGGCGUGGUGGGCUCGGCGGAGCAGAACAAGCAGCACAGCGCCCGCUUCUUCGACUUCCUGACAGCGGAGCUGGGCCUCGGCCCCGAGCGGAUUGCCAUUCGCUUUUUCCCGCUGGAGCCCUGGCAGAUUGGCAAGAACAGAACAGUGAUGACUUUCCUGUGACCCUUCGAGCAGCCGUUUGGAACAAAGCAGUGAUGAAGACAACCCUGCUUCAUCGACCUUGUUUGCUCUUAGAUCAGUUCUAAUAGUUCUGCACCUUCACCUGUGUGAUUCUCUUCUGCUUUUGGAUGCUGUGCUUAUAAAGAGUGGGGCAUUCAGCUGUACCGUUGUCAUCAGAGUAAUUCAAAGUCCUUGUCUCGAGCCUUCCUUGUAGCACAGAAGCUCUGCAGGUGCCUCAGCCAUUAGUGAUCUGGAGAUGCAGAUUACCUGAUGCUUUGUAGUGCAGAAAGAUCCUCCUUUCUGUUUCUGUGUGGCUCCUGUUCUGAUUGAGAAGAACUGGAAGUAUUCCAUCAAACAUGGCUGGUUUUUCAGCUCCCUACCCUAUGUAGGGGGGCUGCUGUAGUUGUCCACAAGUGACUUAGGCAGAAUGCUGCCUGUGUGCUGUUGUGCUCAGAGCCUUAAAACUUGUUGCUGUUGCACUUUACUCCGAAGUCUUUUGGUAGGACCAGUAUGCUCCAUCACUUUAUAACUGGAACGUACACAGUGUUUCAUUAAAACAAAAGCACAGUAAGUGUUAUCUCAGCCUUUCACUGAUAACAAGAACAUGUACUGGCUUCCCUUUCACUUUUAGACUGCCAGGUGUCAGGCACAGAAGCACAGAGGACCUAAUUGCAUGCCCUUAAGAGCGAGGGAUCCAUGAAACGCAAGGCUGAAGUGUCUCCAUUCCUUUGUAAUUUUGAUUAGAUUUGUUGAUGUCUUGAGCUCACAAGCUAGUUGAAAAUAUCCCUUCUAAUUAUCACUUGAAUUUGGUUAUUCCUUAUGCAGCUUAAGUGUUAAGUGUUAAGCAUCCGUGUUAGCAGAAUCCCCCCCCCAGGGGGAACCUCACUGUCUGAUUAAUAAAAUGUAUCAAAGCCUCUUUU